CACAGUUCUAAUACUAAACAAUGGUGUCGUCGAAGGAACCGAACCAGGAGAAGAAGAAGCCGAGGAGCGAUGGCGUCAACACAACUGGUGCUCGUAGUGCACGCAGCUCCGGUUCCAGAACCAAGAACAAGGAGAUCAAUGUGCAAACCACUGUGAAGAAGGAGCCUGAGGUUCAGGAGAUCUCGGAAUCUUCGAGCAGCGACUCUGUGGAAGAAGCGAGACGUGAUGAGCCGAUGAAGAGUAAUGGCGGAGGAGUGGAAGACGCUAAGAUGAUUAGGUUUCCGAUGAAUAGGAUCCGGAGGAUAAUGAGAAGUGAUAACUCUGCUCCUCAGAUUAUGCAGGACGCUGUGUUUCUUGUCAACAAAGCCACGGAAUUGUUCAUUGAGCGGUUUUCUGGAGAAGCUUAUGAAAGUUCUGUCCAGGACAAAAAGAAAUUCAUCCACUACAAACAUCUUUCAUCUGUAGUGAGUAACGACGACAGAUACGAGUUCCUUGCGGAUUGUGUUCCUGAGAAACUAGAAGCAGAGGUCGCGUUGGAGGAAUGGGAAAGAAGCAUGACAGAUGCAUGCUGAAAACUAAACCGAUUGGAACCGACUUGUACCGCGUGUUCUGUCCUGGUUUAUUGGUUCCAUCUCCCUACUCUUUACCUUUCUUAAUAACCUCAUAAUGAGAUUGCAAAUAUUUCACUUCUAGAAUGUAUUUAAAUUUGUAAACCAAAGUUACAAAAUAUUUUACUUUCGUAGAAUAAUCUGU